CGAUUUGAUUCUCCAUUUCCACGUUUUGUCGGUGUUGUGCUGCUCUGGUUCUGCUUAUCUACUGCUGCAUCUGUGCUCCAGAGAGAGAGAGAGAGGAGAGACAGAGUGAGAAUGAAGGUGAUAGAGAAGAUCCGGGACAGUACCUUGGACGGCCGGGUGGUGUUCUCGUUCGAGUUCUUCCCGCCUAAGACUGAGGAUGGAGUCGACAACCUGUUCGAGCGGAUGGAUCGGAUGGUGUCUCACAACCCAUCCUUCUGCGACAUCACUUGGGGCGCUGGUGGCUCUACCGCCGAUCUCACCCUUGAGAUCGCCAACAAGAUGCAGAACAUAGUCUGCGUCGAGUCCAUGAUGCAUCUCACCUGCACCAACAUGCCUGUCGAGAAGAUCAAUCACGCUCUUGACACCAUCAAAUCUAAUGGGAUUCAGAACGUUCUUGCUCUCCGUGGCGAUCCUCCUCAUGGCCAGGACAAGUUCGUCCAGAUCCAGGGCGGUUUUGCUUGUGCUCUCGACCUGGUGAAACACAUCCGAGAGAAGUAUGGAGAUUACUUUGGAAUUACUGUUGCUGGUUAUCCAGAGGCACAUCCGGAUGUUAUCUCAGAGAAUGGAGUGGCCACUUUGGAAGCAUACCAGAAUGAUCUUGCUUACUUGAAAAGGAAAGUUGAUACUGGGGCAGAUCUUAUUAUCACUCAAUUAUUCUAUGACACUGAUAUUUUCCUGAAGUUUGUGAAUGACUGCCGGCAAAUUGGAAUAAAAUGUCCUAUUGUUCCAGGCAUUAUGCCAAUCAAUAAUUAUAAGGGUUUCUUGCGCAUGACUGGUUUUUGCAAAACGAAGAUACCUUCUGAAAUUACUGCUGCCUUGGAGCCUAUUAAGGACAAUGAUGAAGCUGUUAGAUCCUAUGGAAUUCAUCUUGGAACUGAAAUGUGCAAGAAGAUUUUAGCUCAUGGGAUAAACACAUUGCACCUUUACACACUAAACAUGGAGAAAUCAGCAUUGGCUAUUUUAAAGAACCUAGGAUUGAUUGAUGAUAACAAAAUUUCAAGAUCCUUACCUUGGAGACGCCCUACAAAUAUACACCGCGUCAAAGAAGAUGUUCGCCCAAUUUUCUGGGCUAAUCGUCCAAAAAGUUACAUAUCUAGGACAAUUGGUUGGGAACAGUACCCACAAGGGCGAUGGGGUGACUCUUGUAAUGCAUCAUAUGGAGCACUGACUGAUUACCAGUUUAUGCGGCCACGUUCACGUGAUAAAAAGCUUCAGGAGGAAUGGGGUGUCCCAUUGAGAUCUAUUGAAGAUAUACAUGAGAGGUUCAUGAACUACUGCCUGGGCAAACUUAAAAGCAAUCCAUGGUCUGAGCUAGAUGGGCUUCAGCCAGAGACAAAGAUCAUAAAUGAACAGUUGGGAAAUAUCAACUUGAAGGGUUUCCUUACCAUCAAUAGCCAACCAGCAGUAAAUGGCGAGAAGUCUGACUCUCCAGUUGUUGGAUGGGGUGGACCCGGUGGGUAUGUAUAUCAGAAGGCCUAUCUAGAGUUCUUCUGUUCUCGUAGAAAGUUGGAAACUCUGAUUGAGAAAUGCAGCAAUUUCCCAUCUUUAACCUACAUGGCUGUGAACAAAGAUACACAAUGGAUGUCUAACGUUGGCGCAAGUGAUGUGAAUGCGGUCACAUGGGGAGUCUUCCCAGCAAAAGAGAUCAUCCAACCAACUGUAGUAGAUGCAACAAGCUUUUUUGUCUGGAAGGACGAGGCCUUUGAAAUCUGGUCCAGGGUAUGGGCAUCCUUGUACCCUGAGGGUGACCCAUCAAGGAAACUGCUAGAGGAGGUGCAAAGUGGUCACUUCUUGGUCAGCUUGGUGGAUAAUGACUAUGUCAAUGGAGAUCUGUUUGCUGUUUUCAGUGAUAUCUGAGAUUACGUGCUAUCUAUCGAUUCUUUCAGUUGUAGCAGGGCCCGCCUAGGAAGUUAAUUGAUUGCAACUAGUAUUACACGCUAUGUAGGUUUGUUGUUUGUGUUGCAUUAUUCAAUAACACGUGACAUUUGAAAUAUUAAUUAUUGUCUCCUCCAAGUGCACAUUGCAUUCAGGGGCAAAGCUUAAGGUUUUAUCUUUUAAACAAUUUUAUAUCUAGUAGUAUGUUCAUUUACAUGUUCUUUU